UUUUGCGACAGAGCCGCAUUUUAUAAUUCUUACAGCUUGGCUUUAAAAACGCAGGCUCUGCACUGUUCUGGGUGUAUUUUCUAUUUAAAUACAAUUCCCGACGUUUAACAUUUAUUUUGUGGCAGGAGCCAAACCGUCAUUGUUGUCGGUGACGUCACUGACGUUCUCUGUUUGCAGAAGAGGUUGUUUAAACAGCGUUUCUUUCAGGUCUUUGAAUAUGAGUUACGGUUACAGAGGAGGGCGAGGAGGACGGAGAGGAGGAAGAGGAGGAGGAGGACAUAGAGAUGGCAGCACAGAGAGGCGGGACAGAGGAGGAGGGGUUGAUCGGCCUCCUCCGCACCUGAAGGGUCGGGAGAUCGGAAUGUGGUACGCCAGAUACGGAGCAGUGAGGAGGAGACAGGCUGACAGGAGGGCGAGAGCUGUGGUCCAGAUGGACGAGGCCAGAGAGCAGCACAUCACCAAGCUGCUCAGUUCUGUGCAGCGUGAGCAGCCUUUUACAGACAGAGGCCUCAGGGACAGCCGAGCUUCUGGGUCAAAGGACUGGAGUUAUUUUGAUGGAGAUUUGCCUGAAGAACAGAAAAGGAAGAUAAAAUCUGAGGAAGAUGAUAAAGAACUCGGUUUAGACCAGAGGAAGACAGCUCUCAGAUCACAUGGACAAUCGUCUCCAGCAGUUAAAGAAGAACCUCCAGACACCUGGGAAGAAGAUGACAAAGAUGAACUGCAGCAGGAGAAGGAGAAGAAGGAGAGACAUAGAUACAAUGACAAAGACCUUGAAUUCCUCUUCCAGGAAGUAGUCAGAGACUGUUCUUUGGACGACGAUUUAAGGCAGGAUUUGCAAAACAAGAGAUCUGACCCCAGGUACAGGGAGAUGCUGAAAUUCAGAGAAAAAUUGCCGUCUUAUGGGAAAAGAGAGGAGCUGGUGGAGCUGAUCCAGAGUGACCGUGUUCUGGUGGUGAGCGGAGAGACGGGCUGUGGGAAGACCACCCAGGUCACUCAGUUUAUUCUGGACGACUACAUCAGCAGAGGAGUGGGCUCCACGUGUCGGGUGGUUUGCACACAGCCACGACGUAUCAGCGCCAUCUCUGUGGCAGAACGUGUGGCUGCAGAGAGAGCAGAGAGUGUGGGGAAUGGAAACUCCUGUGGGUACCAGAUCCGUCUGCAGAGCCGGUUACCCCGGAAACAAGGUUCGCUCCUUUACUGUACCACAGGCAUUAUUCUGCAGUGGCUUCGCUCCGACCCUCUGUUGUCCAGUGUCAGUCACCUGGUCCUGGAUGAGAUCCAUGAGAGGAACCUUCAGUCCGACGUGUUGCUCAUCAUUGUGAAGGACCUUCUAAAACAGAGAGAUGACCUUAAGGUUGUCCUGAUGAGUGCGACCCUCAACGCAGUGAAGUUCUCCGAGUACUUUGGCAAUUGUCCAAUAAUCCACAUUCCUGGUUCCACCUUCCCAGUGGAAGAGUUUCUACUGGAGGACAUAGUGGAGAUGACGAGGUACCGUCCUAAGACUCAGGAGCGUCGUUCCUCUUGGAAGAGAGGUUUCUGGCAGGGUCGGAACUCCAGAGCAGAGAAGGAGCAGAAGGAGGCCCUAUACAGUGAGCGUUGGCCUGAUUACGAACGCUCACUGAGGAGCAGAUACUCUGACAACACCAUCUCCACUCUGCAGAUGUUGGAUGAAAAUGAUAAGAUUGAUCUGGACCUGAUUCUGGCCCUGAUUCGUCACAUCGUCAUGAAUGAAGAGGAAGGAGCUAUUCUGGUCUUUCUGCCAGGCUGGGACAACAUCAGCAGUUUGAACGACCUGCUAAUGAGUCAGCAGAUGUUCAAAUCAGAAUCCUUCAUCAUCAUCCCUCUGCACUCCCUCAUGCCAACAGUCAACCAAACACAGGUGUUUAAAAAGCCUCCUCCAGGAGUUCGGAAGAUUGUCAUUGCCACCAACAUCGCUGAGACCAGCAUCACCAUUGAUGAUGUGGUGUUUGUGAUCGAUGGAGGAAAGAUUAAAGAGACGCACUUCGACACCAACAACAACAUCAGCACCAUGGCAGCAGAGUGGGUCAGUCUGGCUAACGCUAAGCAGAGGAGAGGACGAGCAGGAAGGGUGCGUCCAGGGAAGUGCUAUCACCUGUACAACAGUCUGAGGGCCAGUCUGCUGGAGGACUAUCAGCUACCAGAGAUCAUGAGGACUCCACUGGAGGAGCUGUGUCUGCAGAUCAAGAUUCUGAAGCUGGGCUCUGUGGCUCAGUUCCUGAACAAAGCUCUGGACCCCCCCUCUGAACAGGCCGUCAGCCUGGCCAUCAAGAACCUCAUGGACCUGAAUGCUUUGGACCAUUCAGAGAACCUGACAGCUCUGGGGUUCCACCUGGCCCGUCUUCCUGUGGAACCUCACAUUGGUAAACUGAUCCUGUUUGGAGCUCUGCUCAGCUGCCUGGACCCUGUUCUCACCAUGGCUGCGUCCCUCAGCUUCAAAGACCCAUUCUUCAUCCCCCUGGGUAAAGAGAAGAUGGCAGACAUGAGGAGGAAAGUUCUAUCCAGAAACUCCAAGAGCGAUCAUCUCACCAUCGUCAAUGCUUUCCAGGGCUGGGAGGAAGCCAGACAGCAUGGAGGCAGAAGUGAGAGGGAGUUUUGCUGGCAGAACUUCCUGUCUGCAAACACACUCCAGAUGCUGUACAACAUGAAAACUCAGUUUGCUGAACAUCUGAUGCACACAGGCUUCGUCAGCAGUAAAAACCCCAAAGACUCCAAAUCUAACGUCAACUCAGACAAUGAGAAGUUGAUCAAAGCAGUAAUCGUGGCAGGGCUGUAUCCAAAGGUGGCCACGAUCAGACCGUCUCACAGCAGGAAGAGACCAGGGGUGAAGGUUUACACUCAGGCAGAUGGAAAAGUCUGCAUUCACCCAAAGUCUGUCAACGCUGAGGAGACACAGUUUAACUACACUUGGUUGAUCUAUCACCUGAAGAUGAAGACUAGCAGCAUCUUCCUGUACGACUGCACCGAAGUGUCUCCAUUCUCCCUGCUCUUCUUUGGAGGUGACAUCACCAUCCAGAAGGACGAAGACCAGGAGACCAUCGCUGUGGACGAGUGGAUCAUCUUCAGGUCCCCGUCUCGCAUCGCUCACCUGGUGAAGAACCUGAAGAAGGAGCUGGACUCUCUGCUGCAGGACAAAAUCCAGACGCCGUCUCCAGUGGAUUGGGAAAACCUGAAGUCCAAAGACUGUGCUGUCAUCACGGCCAUCAUUGACCUGAUCACCACCCAGGAGAAACCUGCAGGAAGGUCGUCUGACCACAGAGGGCGACACACUCACUUCACUGCUCACGGCUGGGAUGAUGAGGAUGAAGAUGAUGAUGAUGAGUAGAAAACCUCAUCAUCAUCAGAGACAAAGAGAUCUGAGCUCAGUUUGAUUAAAGUCCUCGAACCUGGUGCCGGGACCAGAACAGGUCCAGUUCUGCUUCAAAAACAAAUACAGAAAAUUACAAAACUAUCUGUAAAAAUAAAUAAAUAAUAAACUCCAAAAGUAGAAUAACUUCUUCUGCUGCUAAUCUGUCACAUGACCUGGAAUAUUUUAGAGUGAUGGCACAAGAAGUAAACAAAAGAGUACAUGUAAAAAAAAUUAUCCAUGAUCAAAUAUUUACUUAAUACUGACGAUAAACAAUACACAUUUUUGAAAGUUAUACAAACUAAAUCAACAAAUAAUAUACUGUUUAAAAUACAAACAAAGAACAAUAGAACAAUAAAUUACAUACAAGAAACAAUCAAGAAAUUAAAAAAACAAAAUUCAAGUCAAAUAAAAAUAAUAAAACCACCAAGUAGUGACAGAAACAAAUAAAAGAAAAAAAAUGAGUGAGAUUAAAAAAAGAACAGGUUUUUACUUUCUUCGCCAGAGUCAAGUCUAGAGACAAAGAGCCAAACUGGACUGGACUUUUCUGGGUCCUGUGUUUAAGUGUUUAAGGGAUUCCUGUGAUAUUUAAAAAUAAGAUUUAGAUAGACAGGACUUUGUUCAUCCCCCUGGAGUUCACUUUGGAAAAUUAGAGAAAAGACUGAAAAAAUAAAAAAAACAUUUUCAGAACCUAAAUCAGGAAAAGUUUUGUAACUUUUCCUGAUUUCUUUGUAUUUUUUAUUUUUUUAUUCCUGGAUUUUUCAGCUUUGUUUCAUUUCAGCAUUUUUGUUAUUCAUCGUGUUACAGCUGAGGUUUUUCUGGUCUAGAUUUACCUGGUAAUUAUUCUAUCAUUCUUAUCUCUAAUCCAAGUCCUCAUCACUGAGACAAGUUAAUUGGAACCCAUGGUGGCAGAAAAACAUCAGCGUUCAUUACUAGAAAGU